AUGGCGAGUUGGUAUCUCGUAGAAUCUUUUGGAGAACCAACCUUUGUUGAGUCAAUAGCUUACAUUGGCCCUAAUGAUAUUCGAUAUCUCAUAUUCAUGUUUGCUGCCAUUAGGGUGGGUUACAAGAUGUUAUUCACAUCACCACGAAACAAUCUAGAUGGUCAUUUGAACAUUCUCGCUCAAGGUGACUGCGAAAAGUUUCUACAGGCGAAAAACACCGACAUCUCCCGGAUAAUCCAGAGUCGACCAAUGCGAACAAUAGAGGCACCGGACCUGGAGCAGCUCCUAGAUGAUUCCAGGAUGGUUCCUGUGCACCCCUAUCUCAAAUCGUUUGAUGAGGCGCAACAUGACCCUUGCCUGGUGUUGCAUACCACAGGAUCAACAGUGCCGCCUAUCGGCAGUUUCAGGCCGACUACAGAAAUCUACCAAGAGGCAAAACGAGCGUAUACUUCAAUGCCGCUUUUCCACACGAGCGGUAUAAACGCCACCAUCACCUGGGCUUUGUGUCUCGGAGUGACCCUCGUUUUCGGAGCGCCGCAUGUUGUGCCCAACGCUGCAUACGUGGACGCAAUGCACCGAUUUGCUGAUGUCAAUGCUUCAAUGGGAGCGCCCUCCCUUUACGAGGAUAUCAGUACACAACCAGAUUGGUUAGAACACAUGAAGGGCUUUUCCUAUGUCGUUGUUAGUGGUGCGCCGCUAUCCAAAAGUGCCGGUGACACUAUUUCUCAAUAUACGCGAGUAAUUGGGAAUCUGGGUGCUACAGAGACAGCCAAUCUUCCUCGACUGGCUCCAUCCGCCGUCGACUGGGAGUACUUUUAUUGGCAUCCCACUCAUUCAGGGAUUCAAAUGCGGGAGUGCCAGGAUUAUCCUGGCUUAUUUGAACUCAUCAUUAUAUCCGAAUGGUCGAUGAACGAUCUCUACGAUCAGCACCCCGAUCCGAACAAGCCAUUCUUGUGGCGCUAUCGCGGGCGAAAGGAUGACGUUAUUGUAUUGAGCAAUGGAGAAAAGCUUACUCCUGUGCUAAUGGAGACGGCCCUCGCGAGGAGUUCACUCGUCCGCGGUGCUAUUAUAGUGGGGCAGGGGCGAUUCCAACCCCUCGCAUUAAUCGACCUGGUACCCGGCGUCGAACACCCGGAAGAUCAGCAAUCGCGCCAUGAACUGAUUCAAAGGUUGCUACCUGUAGUAGCGGAGGCCAACAAACAUGCUCCUCGUCAUGGCCAGCUGGACCGCCACCACAUCCUGUUUGCAGACCCGUCUAAGCCCUUGCAUUUUCUUGGCCAGAGCAAGAUCCAGAGGCGCAUUACGAAUGAACUCUACAGCACAGAGAUUGAAGCAUUCUAUAAGCACAUUGAAAGGCGGAAUAUAGCGCCAGAACGACCUCAACUCCUGACUAGUCAACCUUGGCGAGACUAUGAUAACGACGACUUUUUCAGAGCUGGCGUCGAUUCACUUGAAGCUACGAUGAUAACGCGAGAAAUCAACUUCAAUAUAGCAGGCGGCAUCACCCCAACCGAUAUCUAUAUGCACCCGACCCUUUCUCAGCUUGCCAAAUAUGUCGUGGAACUAUCUUCGGCGGCAGACGUCAUUAAUGGAAAUCAAAAGGCGUGCAACAGCACGAAACUUGAAGCGGCAGAGGAAGUUCAAAGCCAGCCCUAG